AUGUCGACCUCCGCCGAUAUCCCCAACAAAACCCGCCUUUCGCAUCAGCCGUCUACAAUCCGCGCCGUCCUGUCGCUGCCGCCGCAAUGGCUUUCAAUGUAUGAUGAGUUCAUCACCAAAAACGCCGGCCAGGUCUCCCAAAUAGAAUCGGCUCUGAGGUCGCUGACGUACAUCAUCCCUGGUCGUUUCCGCGACGCCGAGAUUGCCUCCGAAACAGUCCAUUCGAGUGUGCAGCUUCUAUCUCUCUAUCAUGACACACUGCUCAUGCGUGCCUUAUCGCGCAUUCCUAUGUCGCGGCUACCGUCCCCCCACAGUCGCUACACCAAGUACUGGACCCAGCGGAGUCCCAUGUACCGCCGCAUCGCCAUGUUACUGCAGAUGGUUACCUACACACAACUCCUCUGCGAGAUGGCAGCCAAGAGGCGUGGAGGUGAGCGCGGCCGAUGGCGUGCCGUCGUGUUGUUGGAGGCAAUCAAAGCUAUCUGCCGUCUGCUGCUACUGCGCGUAACGCGUUCACGGCCUCUUGUCUCUCCCGUCCUUCCAGAGCGCGAGCCUGUCCCUGAAGAACCCGAAGGCGACGACGACGCUAGCACCGUCAAGGAAAUGCUCGUCGAGCCCGCCAACGGCCAUGCAUCUGGAGGCGAGGACGCCCCGAAGCCCCACGAAAAGGAUUGGGUCAUGCCUAGGACAGGAAUGAGCCUGCCCUCGUUACCCAACGCUGGUGAUGUCAGCAGCUACCUCCUGGGCAAGGUCCUCACGGCCGAAGAUAUCAAACCAGCCGCCAAGUUGCUGAACCAACUCCAAGGCAGCGCCCAGGCGGCUGAAGUGCUCCACAUUUUGGCGCCGCUGAUAUACUCACUCGCCCUCUCCAAAAGCAAGAAUAAGAAGGCGUGGACACCGUGGCUGAUUGGCCUGAGCGUUGAGUAUGCCGCACGUCAACUCAGAGACCGGAGCUUCAGAACCACGCCGCUUGAACGUGACGAGUGGAACAAGCGAGCCUGGGCCAUGGGUUGGUGGACGAUGCGGGGGGCCUUUUACGAAAAUAUUAUGAAGGGCAUCGUCGGUGGAGUGCGAUCAAGAGUCCCCGGGCUCAUUGGUGGCAUCCUGGAAGACUACGAGUACCUGUGGGAAAAUUACUACUUCAGCACCAGUGCGUGA